AUGUGCGAUGCCAGUGAACUAAAAGUUCAUAAAUUUGACAAGAUGAUGUCGUGGAACUGGCCAACUUCAUAUGAAAGUAUUGCACCAUAUUUCUUGCCACAAUCAAGGUCAUGUCAAAAUUUUCAAGACAUUUCAACGUCGUGUCAUAUCUGGAGCAAUUGCAAAAACAUGUUCAAUAUUGGUGAUCAUGUCUUAAAAAAUGUAAGAGAAUGUAGAAAUACCUAUUACGCACAUAAUCCAACAUUAACGGUUACAGAUUUGGAUAAAUCGAAAGUGUUUAAUGCACUCGAAGACCUUUUUAAAGAUGUUAUGGGGCACAUCGAUGCUCAAAAUUGUUUGUCUGAGCUUGAUAGAAUCGAGAAAGGUGAUUUGUUGUCAAACUCACUUAAAAGCAUAUUUGAAGCUUUGAGUAGACAUUCCGACGACAUUGUACUCUUACAGAACAUAGGUGACAGAGUAGUGGAAUCUCAAAACAAUGUCAUAACAAGUGUCCGGGGUAUAGAAGAAAGACAAAAUGAAAUGGAAAGACAUUUGCAAGAGUAUCACGGACGUGUGAUACGUAUGAUAAUGGCGAAAGAAGAAAAUAUUGGAAAUAAAAAGCGAAGCGGCAUCAUGUUAUCCUUUUUUUACAUAGCAAUAUUCGUAGCAAUAUUUGGAAUUGUUUUGCAAUUUCGUUUUAACUAUUAUGGAUUAAAGGACAAAAUGAAGGUUAACUACAGUUCAAGCUACAAAGAUUGUUUAUCAGAAGAAUACACGUAUCCAUUCAAGCAAGACUUGCCUCUACUUGGAUAUAUAUAUGAUAGCGAACCAAUUAUUGGUAGAGAAUGGUUAUAUGAGAUAAUGGAAUGGAAACUUAUAUCUUCAAACUCUACUUUCAAGGGAGUGGCAAUGAUAGCCGAUAUGGGUUAUGGAAAAUCAUCGUUUGUCUCACACAUACUUUGUGCAAAAGAAAGGGAGAAGAGUUAUGAGAUUAAAUCACAUGUUGUUGGAUUUCAUAUUUGUAAGUUUGAUGUAAAAAGUACACAAAGUCCUGCUAGAUUUAUUCGACGGUUAAUUGGUUUUUUAGCAACAAGAUAUGAGGAAUACGAAAAAAAAAUUUCCAUAAUGUCUGAUGAUAACAUAAUAAAGAGUCAGGAGUUUUGUGAGAAUGACCCUAUUGCCUGUUUUGACCAAAGUAUUAUUUUCCCAUUUAGGCAGCUGUCUUUUGAUAGUAACUUUCCCUGGAUAUUAAUUAUAGAGGCACUUGACGAAUGUUUUGAAAAAUCCUCUGGCAAAAACCUAAUUUUGGAGUUAUUAUUGGCACGUGUAAGGGAACUUCCAAAAUGGUUCAAAGUUUUUGUUACGUCUAGAAACAUUACCGAAUUAUACUUAUUAAAGAAUUUUGAACACGUUCAUUUAAAACCAAAUGACCCGAGGAACAUUAGAGAUACCAAAGAGUAUAUACAAGUCAAGUACUCGUCACAUGGCUUGGAAAACAAUGGCAGUGAAAUAGAAAAAAUCAUUAAACUUGGUAAUGGAAGUUUCUUAUUUCUAAUUCAUGCAAUUAGAUUCCGUUUAGAAAAUGGUAACAUUACGUCCUUACCUGGCUCAUUGGAAGAAAUUUAUGAAUUGAACUUUGAUCGGCAAUAUGACGAUACUGAUUCGUUUUUACCAUCAAAGGCAGUAUUUGAAAUUAUUUUGGCAUCCUUCAACCUUUUAAGUGAAGAAGAAAUUUUUCAUAUUUUGGUAUCAAAUAACAUUACUGACUUAGUACAAUUCCGUACCCAGAUGAAAAAGUUGUCAUUCUUUCUCCGGAAUGAUGAUUUUGUGACAAUAUUUCACGAAUCAUUAUACCAAUGGUUGAUAAAUUCUGGAAAUAAAAAGUACUCAAUUUCUUUAAAAGCCGGACAUGCCUAUAUUUCGUGCUUUUUAAUCAAUGAAAUAUCUAACAAUCGAAAAGUCGAAGUUGACAUAGCAGAUUUAUCAAUACACGUGAGUGAAGCUUUAAAUGAUACGUUAAAUCAAAAGUUUCUUGCAUUGGAUAUGGACAACCUUAAUCAAACCCAUGUAAACGAAGCUUUACAUAAUGUAAUAAGGAAGACAGCAGGUAUAAAUGCACUUGUAUUAUUGAUAAAUCACAAUCUUGACGUAAACACACUACAAGAGGGACAAUCCCCAUCCUUUAUAGCAGCUUUAAAAGGAAAUAUUGAUCAGCUUUUGCUUCUUCUACACAAUGGAGCCAACGUUAGCUUUGUUAUGGAAUGUGAUGUAUAUAACCUAUAUAAAUGUUAUGAUAUGUUAUACCUAAUAAGUAAAGCAGAGUACCGCUUUUCUCGUUUCUAUAGAUACAGCAAUUUGAGAUAUGAUACAUUAAACGGAGCCAACGUUAGCUUUUUUACGGAUAAAAGUAAUGCUGUAGAUUCCUUUGAUAUAGUAAACAAAAUAAUGGAUAUAAAUCAAUGUCGUUACUGUCGUUACUGUGGAUACGGCCUUAUACAUAUAGCUGCUCAAAAUGGACAUGAGAAUAUAGUCAGUAAACUUUUAGAAUACAACAAAGAUAUGAUCUAUUGGGAAACAUCCCUUGGACGGCGUCCAAGUGAUAUUGCGUGUGAAAUGGGGAACUUAAAUGUUUUACAGACAUUUUCCAAUUUGGACAAUGAUAUGCUGUCCGACUGUAUUUACUAUGCUGCUCGAUCCGGAAAUGAAAAUAUCAUUCUGUCUUUGAUUGAACGAAAACUAUACCUCAGUUGUAUAUCGGAUGAACAGUCUAGAGAUGCAUAUAAAGAGAUAGAAGUAAAACAUACUAAAUACGGUGAAAUAAAAAAUGAUUUUACUAUUAAACUGCCUGCUCCUAGUCAUAUUAAAUACCUUCUUGAUAAAUGGUGGAUAGUAGCAAAGGAAACACCAAUUCACGCAGUAAUUAGGUCAGGUUCAACGAAAGUAGCAAAACUUUUGAUAAAAAUAUUUCCAGGAUUACUUGAUUGCACAGAUUCAUUCGGAUACACGCCAACAUUGCUAAGUGUAGUGAAAAAUCAGUUUGAUUUGUUGCCUUUACUUACAGAUUAUAUUUUAACAGAUAGAUGCGACCCGAAUUUAUUUUACAUACAAUACUUUGAUGGUUACAUUUUCACGAAGGACGGCUUGUCAGAUAUUGAACAACAUUUUUGUGAAAAUGGUUCUACAUUUGCUCAUCUUUCUUUAAAAUAUAAGCGGGAAAAUUUUAUAAAGUAUGCUAUCAAAGAAAACAUUAAUGCUGAUUGGAAUUCAGCUGAUGAAGAAAGAACUUAUCCAAUUCACAUUGCUGCAAGAGAUGCAAAUAUUUAUUUCAUUGACUUUGCAUUAAAUGACUUAAGGCUUAAUAUUAGCAGUAUCAAAUGUAAAAAUGGUUCUACUGCAUAUCAUAUAGCUGCGAUUACACCAUCGGCUCAAAGUUUAUCUCGGUUGACAGAUAGAUUUGCAAUCGUAAUUGCAGAUAUAAAGGAUAUAAAUAAAAGAGGAUUCUUGCAUCAUACGUGUUUAUUCGAUCAAAAUUCGCUGCAGUUUAGUUUAAAUCCUGAUAACGUGAUGGACGUGUCGCAGAGGUAUAGUUCAAAUCAUGUUAACGUUAUGAACUUCCAAAAUAGUUCAUUUGAAUGUUUUAAAUAUUUUGUUGAAGUAUGUAAUAUCAAUAUUCAGUCGACUGAUGUGUUCGGAAGAAAUAUUUUACACUAUGCACUGGUAAAUGGCCAGUUUUCUAUCAUCGAAUAUAUAACAAUAAACUAUCCGUUAGAGUUUAGAAAACUUUUGAAUCAAAUAGAUGUUAGUGCAGAGACACCAAUUCAAUAUGCACUUGCUGAAGUCAAGGCGAUUAGGAAGGAGCUAGAUCUAAAUGGGAU